CUCUUUGGCUACUUUUGUGAAGAAGCCCGAGGAAAGCAGAACGUGAUUAUAUGACCCCACCCCACCCUUAUGCCAGUGAAAUUGUUGGGGGACAAAAAUGAAAACGGUAGCCAUAUGCGCCCUGCUGCUCCUGUUAACAUACAGCCAUGCGCUAGAGAGAGGAAAACAUUACUUCAGAGAUAAGAUCUGUCAUGAAUUCAACACCUUGGGAAAAGAGAAAUUCCGUGAGGUGGCACUUGUCUUAAACAGCCGGAAAUAUUCCAAUGCUACAUUUGAAGAAAUCAAAAACAUUGUGAAUGAGAUUGUCACUCUUGCAGAGAAAUGUUGCAUCGAAGGAGCCGACGCUGAAUGCUAUGACAGCGAGUCUUUAGCUCUCUCCGCCAAAUCCUGCGAUCCAAAUUCUCCUUUUCCUAAGCAUCCAGAGACAGAGGCGUGUUGCACCCAUGAAGGCCUAGAACGAAAGCUGUGUCUGGCUGCCUUGAAACACCCGCCCAAGGAGUUCUCCACAUAUGUGUUGCCAUCACCUGAGGAAAUAUGCGAGGGCUUCAAAAACAACCCCCAGGAUUUUAUAGACAAGUUUCUGCAUGAGUAUUCCUCUGAACAUAGCCAUACACCAUUGCCACUGCUGCUGUCUUCUGUAACGACAUUCUUAUCCAUCGCCAAAGGUUGCUGCGGUCAGAAACAACCUGCUUUGUGCUUCAUAAAGGAGAGGCUGAAGGGGAAGCCCCUCCAGAGGUUCGCCGAUCUAUCCAACAAAGCAUGCUCCCGCUAUGACUUGUUUGGGAAAGAAAAAAUUAAACUCAGCUACUUAAUCAGAUUUACCCAGAAAAGUUCGAAAGCUUCCUUUGAGGACAUCUUAGCCAUAGCCGAAGAUGCCACCAGCGUGCUCUCCAAGUGCUGUGAUUCCUUGGAAGCAGACUGCAUCCAGAGGGAGGUGUCAAACUACACCACCAAAAUCUGUGAUAAACUCUCAGCCCAAGAUCAAAGAAUUGAGAACUGUUGCAAAGGUUGUCACACAAACUUGACAGUCUAUAUGUGCAUAUAUAUGCUCCCAUGGGAACAACCUGGUCCCCAGUCACCUGAUCCUGCACCAUUAGCUCACGAUGCACUCUGUGGUGAACGUGGACAGCGAGAAUUGGAGCACUAUGUAUAUAGCAUGGCUCGGAUAUUUACGCAUGCUCCAGAGGCCAUUCUCACUACCCUGUAUGAUACUAGCGAAAAGAUAGCAAACACUUGCUGCAAUACUUCGGACCCCACCGCUUGUUUUGGUGAGCAGAUCCCAGAGCCAACAGCUGAGCUACUUGCUUUACUUUCAAAAGGAUCUGAGCUGUGUGUGAAUUAUGCAAAUCGCACUAUGACAGAAUUCCAGAAGUGGUUAAAAACGAACUAUCAUGAGAUGCGUCCCGGGGCUACUGAAGAUGCCAUUUCUGCAUUGGUUGAACAGAAGGCCACUUUUGCCUCCACUUGCUGCCAUUUGAACGUACCUCCGUCAUAUUGCGGGUUGAAGGUGCAGCAGCACGUGAACACUCGUGCGCAAAAGGUGCAACAUGAAAGGCCUUAAAAGACGGAACACCCUUCUGCAACGUCUGCUACGCACAGAUGCCAGUUUUUUUUCCUUUCAUCGGUGCUGACAAGCUCCAAGACUUGUGCCUCUUGAAAUCUGAAUACAGCCUGUAUAUUCAUAUGUCCAUUCUUGGAAUGAAUUCAGUACAAGAAUGUGUUUAAAAAUG